AUGGCCAUGUUAUGGCGGCUCAUGCUGGUCCCCCUGGCCAUGGCCAUGGCCAGUGGGGCGAAUCCCAUCAGAAAGGUAGUGAAUCUGCUUCAAAACAUGAAGGCGAAGGUCGAGAAAGAAGGGGACACGGAAGAGAAAUUGUACGAAAAGUUCCAGUGCUACUGCAAAAAAAACAUUGCUGAAACAGACCAAAGCUUGAAGACAAACCAAGAGAAGUUACCGCCGCUGCAAAAGACGUUGGAAUCUACCGUCCAAGAAGCGAAUCAGCUCACUGCGCAGAUCCAGUCGGCCAAGACAGAGCGUCAGGAGGCCGAGGAGGCCCUGACGGUGGCCACGGCGAUGCGGCAGAAGGAGAAGGCGGACUUCGCGCAAAGUUCCCAGGAGCAGAAGGCCACCAUCGACUCCAUCGAACAAGCCGUCAAGGCGCUGACCAAGGGCAUGGCUUCUGCGUUCUUGCAGACGGAGGCAGCUGAGUCACUCAGGAGAUUCGCCUUCAAUAGAGAUGGGAUGGUGGAGGCUGAUCGACAGGAGCUCUUAGCCUUCCUGCAGAAUGGUGCUGACUACGUCCCGCAAAGUGGCCAGAUUCUGGGCAUGCUGAAGCACAUGGGUUCCGAGACCCAUGAAGCCAUGCUGGAAGCGCGAGAAGUGGAAGGCAAAGCUCAACAGGAGUUCAAGGACCUUUCCGCGGCGAAAACCAAAGAAAUCAAGGCCUUAACGGUCAGCAUCGAAGAGAAAAUGGAGCAGCUGGGGGAGUUGAAAGUGGCGGUGGUUCGACUGAAGUCGGGGAUCCAAGAGGCGGAAACUGCGGUCGCUGAGGACCAAAAGGUGUUGCAAAGUCUGCAUUCCAGCUGCAACAAGAAGGCUGCAGCCUGGGAUGCGCGAGUCAAGACACGUGGAGAGGAGUUGAUGGCCAUCUCGGAGACCAUGAAAAUCCUCGACGACGAUGAGAGCUUCAGGAAAGCGCUGCCGCCGAUCUCCUUCCUGCAGGUGGACUCUACCGCCACUCUCAAGGAAAGAGUCCGGAGAAGUUUGGAGGCCGUCCCUGGUGCCAAGACGGAUUUGAUCCUUUUGGCACUCCGCGGCAAGAAGAUUGGCUUCGACAAGGUGGUUCAAAUGAUCCAUUCCAUGAAGGCGACGCUGAAAAAGGAGCAGGAGAAUGAAGACAAAAAGAAGGAGUAUUGCAAGCAGCAGUUCGAUAGUUCUGAUGACAAGAAAUGGAGCCUUUUGCUCCAAGUCUCGAACAAAGAGACCAACAUUGACAGUGCCAAAGAUGCAUUGAAGAUGAUGGAAACAGAGAUCCAGGAGCUGAAAGCUGGCCUUGAGAAGCUGGACCAGGAUGUCGCCGAAGCAACCGAGCAGCGGAAGAAGGAGCACGAGGAGUUUGAGGACGUGAUGUCCAGCAACACACAGGCACAAAGCUUGUUGAAGGUGGCCAAGGAACGCAUGAUGCAGUUCUACGCGUCUCCCUCGCUUGUGGAGGUCUCUGAACAGAAAGGGCCGGAAGAGGUGCCACCCUUUCGGAUGCGUUGGGCAAUGGGCAAUGGACUGGCGGUGCUGCCAAGCCGUUCGCCUCGGGAGGUUGAGCCUUGGGAGGGCGCCGCGGCAAUGGCUCAGGAGCAUCAGGAGUAUAUCCAACAGAAGGUGAAUCCCGUUUUGGAGAAUUUGGUGACACAACUCCUGUUGGAAAGACCUGAACAGUUGGCACCAUUUAUGAUCAAAUGGCUCUCCCAAAAUUCCAAGACUCCAGCAGCUGCGGCGUUCACAGAGGGCGUCAAUGUCCUCAGCGAGCUGAAGGUGGAAAUGGAGAAGCUGCAAGAGGAGGUCAAGGACCUGGAGAAGCAGGUCCAGACAAAAUAUGGAAAUGGGAUUCAGAAUCUGGAGGAAACGGAGGAGGAGGAAGAGGUGGAUGAGCUUGAACCUCCGCCAGCGUAUUUGAAGAAAGGUCCCAGAAACUCUGUGUCAGCCGAAGCUUAUGGGCAGUUCAACCCAGAGAAGGUCUUCGUGCCACCGGUGUAUCCCAAAUCGGAGGAGCAGAAGGAGAGGUUGUCGAGUAUUUUGAAGGAUUCCUUCCUCUUUGCGGCCAUGGACUCCAAUGAAGUGGCCAUUUUGAUUGAUGCCAUGCAGGAGAAAAUUGUGGAGAACGGCACCCGGCUCAUCAAUCAGGGCGAUGACGGCGAUUGCCUCUAUGUCGUUGACCAGGGACAGAUGAAUUGCUUCAUCCGUCAAUCUGAUGGCUGUGAGCGCAAAGUAAAGGAGUGCACCGCAGGCGAUGCCUUCGGCGAGUUGGCGUUGCUGUACAACUGCCCUCGAGCGGCUUCCGUGGAAGCGGCGGAGAGGUCUGUUUUGUGGGCACUGGAUCGUGAAAGCUUCAACAACAUCGUGAAGAAAGCAGCAGUGGCUCAUCGCGAGCAGCUGGAAGAAUUCUUGCAGAGAGUUCCACUUUUGCAGACAAUGGAGGUCUAUGAGCGCAGCUCCUUGUGCGAUGCCUUGCAGCCCGUGACCUUCCGGGAAGGGGAAGUCAUCGUCCACCAGGGGGAGAUUGGCGAGACCUUCUACCUGCUGGAGGAGGGUACAGCAGUGGUAUCGAAGGUGUAUGUGCCUGGCACACCAGCAAAAGAGGUUAUGAGGUUAGGCCACGGGGACUACUUUGGCGAGUUGGCCUUGCUGAACAACGACCUGCGCGCUGCCAGCAUCACCUGUGCCUCCGCGACCUGCCGAUGCCUGGCGCUGUCGCGGCGCACCUUUGAUCGCCUGUUGGGGCCCUUGGAGGACAUCCUGCGGCGCAAUGCCACACGCUACGACUGA